AUGGUUCUUGACCGACUGCAGCAGUUGGCCCAUCAGGUCACUGCGACUGCUGCACCUCCACAUCCUUUUGACCCUUUGACCACGGCCGAGAUUGAAGCAACCGUAUCCAUUAUUCGAAAGGAACAUGGUCCCCUCCACUACAAUGCGAUCACCCUGUACGAGCCACGCAAGGCCGAGAUGAUGGCUUGGUUAGCCAGUCCGGAAGAUGCGCGACGGCCAGUUCGACAGGCCGAUGUGGUGGCCAUUGCUCCCGGCGGAAAACUGUUUGACGGUGUGAUCGACUUGGAAAAUAAGCGGAUCGUGAGCUGGAAUCAUACUCCUGAUGUGCAGCCAUUGAUCACGAUGGAGGAUCUCCAGGAGGUCGAGCAUGUGGUACGCAGAGAUCCAAAGGUCAUUGAACAAUGUGGCAUCAUUGGAAUUCCCAUGGAGGACAUGCACAAGGUGUACUGCGAUCCAUGGACAAUUGGGUAUGACGAGCGAUUCGGCAGUGGAGUCCGUCUCCAACAGGCCUUGAUGUACUACAGGCCACAUCCCGAUGACUCCCAAUAUACGUAUCCUCUUGACUUUUGCCCGAUAUACAAUGCAGAGACGAAGGAGAUUAUUCAUAUUGAUAUUCCCCCUGUCCGUCGGCCCGUCAACAAGGCUCCUCCCAACAACUACCAUCCCGCGGCGAUCGAAAAGGAGGGUGGGUAUCGAAAGGAUAUCAAGCCGAUUCACAUCACUCAGCCGGAGGGUGUUUCUUUUCAAGUCAAGGGCAGGUUCAUUGAAUGGCAAAACUGGAAUAUUCACGUUGGCUUCAACUAUCGCGAGGGAAUCGUCCUGAAUAAUAUCACUUUCAAUGACAAAGGGACCGUUCGACCGAUCUUUUGGCGCCUCUCCCUGGCAGAGAUGGUGGUUCCGUACGGCAAUCCCGAGCACCCUCAUCAGCGAAAACACGCCUUUGAUCUGGGCGAGUAUGGCGGUGGAUAUAUGACCAACAGUCUCUCGCUCGGGUGUGAUUGCAAGGGUGCUAUUUACUACAUGGAUGCUGCAUUUGUCAACCGAGCCGGUGCGGCCACCACGAUCAAAAACGCCAUUUGCAUCCACGAAGAAGAUGCGGGCAUUCUCUUCAAACAUACCGAUUUCCGCGACGACUCCGUCGUCGUGACCCGCGGUCGCAAGCUCAUCGUCUCUCACAUUUUUACCGCCGCCAACUACGAAUACUGCGUGUACUGGAUCUUCCACCAAGACGGUACAGUCCAGUUGGAAAUCAAAUUGACUGGAAUCUUGAACACGUAUGCGAUGAACCCGGGCGAGGAUACUCACGGCUGGGGAACGGAAGUCUACCCCGGUGUCAACGCACACAAUCACCAGCAUCUUUUCUGCCUGCGUGUGGAUCCUAAUAUCGACGGAGUCAAUAAUACCGUUUUCCAAGUCGACGCUGUUCGUGGACCGGGCGAAGUCGGCAGUGCUGAGAAUAAGUACGGUAAUGCUUUUUACGCAAAGAAGACGAAGUUUACAACACCUCGUGAAGCAAUGUCCGACUAUGAUGGCUCCACGAGUCGCACGUGGGAUAUGGCGAAUACCAACAAGCUCAAUCCGCACAGCAAGAAGCCAGUCUCUUAUAAACUGGUCAGUCGGGAUGUUCCUCCUCUCUUGCCUAAAGAGGGCGGUCUUGUCUGGAAGAGAGCUGGCUUUGCACGACAUGCGAUUCACGUCACUAGAUACUCCGACGACGAAAUCCAUCCGGCUGGUCGCCACGUCCCCCAAACCUCCGGCGAACCAUCCCAGGGCCUCCCUGCUUGGAUCGAGUCCGCAGGAUCCAACUGCUCCAUCGAUAACACGGACAUUGUCCUCUGGCACACCUUUGGCUUGACGCACUUCCCUUCGCCGGAAGACUAUCCCAUUAUGCCGGCUGAACCGAUGACACUUUUGCUUCGCCCGCGGAAUUUCUUCGAUCGGAAUCCGGUGCUUGACGUGCCGCCGAGUUAUGCCCGGACACCGAGUCAGGUUGCGGCUGGAUCGGGAACUUGUGGGUGUAAGAAGAAUGAUGAUGGGUCGAGUGUUUUGGUAUGA